AUGGCGGUCCACCACCAAUUCGGCACCGUCAAGCGGAAAUGGUAUCACAUCAAAUGGUUCGCUGACAGCGACACUCCUCGCGAGCGGCGCCUCAUCAUGAAGCUCGACCUGCUCAUCGUCCCAUACGCCUUCCUUGCCUACUGGAUCAAGUACAUUGACCAGGCCAAUCUCAACAACGCCUACGUGGCCGGCCUCAAAGAAGACCUCGGUUUCCACGGUAACGAGCUCGUCCAGCUGCAAACGCUCUACACCGUCGGCGCCGUCGUCGGCCAAAUCCCCUUCAUGUUCCUCUUCACCUACUUGCCCAUGCACUGGACCAUCCCCUUCCUCGACAUUGCCUGGGGCUUUUUUACCUUGGCCCAAUACCGCGCCAACUCCUUUGGCCAGAUGGCCGCCUAUCGGUUCUUGAUCGGCUGGUUCGAAGCCGCCUUCUACCCUGCUAUCCAUUACAUCUUUGGGAGCUGGUAUCGCGGGGAUGAGAUUAGCAGGAGGGGAGGCGUGUUUUAUACCGGGUUGACGCUGGGGACGUUGACUGCGGGAUUGAUCCAGUCCGGGGUGUCAUCGAGGUUGGAGGGUGUAAACGGACUGGCGGGGUGGCGGUGGAUGUACAUCAUUUGCGCGCUCGUCACCAUUCCCGUGGGAAUUUUGGGGUACUUCAUUUUACCUGGCACGCCGGAGAAUCCAAACACGUGGCUCUUGAAGGACGAGGACGUGCAGAUUGCGAAGGAGAGAUUAGCGAGAGUGGGACAUUCGGUCGUACAUCCAAAGUUCAAACUUGGCACGCUCAAAAGUCUAGCGAACAACUGGAAGUUUUGGGCGUUGCUGAUGCUGGACAUCUUCUUCUGGAACGGGAGCUUGAACUACUCGGCUGGAGGCUACUUGCUGUGGCUGAAGAGCCUGGGACGGUACAGCCAGUCCAAGGUCAACGAGCUGGGUACCAUCAGUCCCGCAAUUGGCAUCUUUUAUGUCUUGUUGAUCUGCUUCAUCUCGGACUUGGUGGUUGGCCCGGCGUGGGCGAUCACGAUUGCUCAUGUCUGGAACAUCAUCGGCCUCGUCAUUCUGGUCAUGUGGAAAGUUCCCGAGUCGGCGCUGUGGUUCGCCUUCAUGACGACGUACUCGUCCGUGGCCAUGUCGGCGGUGUUAUACGGAUGGAUUAAUGCCAUUUUGGGGAAGUCAUCGGCCGAAAGGUCGUUUGCCAUAGUGUUGCUGAACACAGUUGCGCAGAGCACGACCGCCUGGACGCAGCUUUUGACGUUUCCGACUAAGGAGGCACCCCAGUUCAAGAAGGGGUACUCGUUUGUCUUGGCGAAUGCCGUUUGCUUGAUUAUUACGGCUCAGUUCUUGAAUGUUGCUCUCAAGAGAUCAAAGUGA